UUACAUAAAGCGUUAUAAAAUUUACAGUCACUGUUACAGCGUUACAAUCGAACUGUUAUAGCGUUACAAUCGAACCGUUACAAAGUUAUAAUCGUUACGACAGUGUCUAGUGAAUUGUUUAUAUGUAUAUCACGUGAAAGUGUUGUGUGUUAUUAAAAAUAGAUAAUUAUAGAGCUAGCUCACAAAACGAUAUCUAUCAAUUUUUUGUCCAAUUUUUAAUAUUUUUUUUCUAAUCCAAUUUGUUGGUAUCACGUAAACCAAAGUUUAGUUGCAACGUCGAAAGUGCAAAGUCAUCGUGGAGUAUUAAAAUAAAAACGAAUAGUGUUCCAGAUUGCGUAUUAAUUGGAUAAAUUAAAAAGCCAGCCGUGCAUUAAAUGAGUCACAAUAUUACCUGGAUUUAUUAAAAUGGAGAGUGCAUUUAUGAAUCAAAUCCAGUGGUGCAUGGAUCCGAUCGAAUCAAACUACCUUAUAACUUACCAAGAAGAUAAACUCGGCAGCGAAGUGAUGCAAGAUUUGGAUUAUGCCUUCAAAGAAAAAGCGAAAGAAAACAUCAACUUUGAUUCGAAAGAAGCAAAGGAAUUAAAGUUUGAAGAACUAACGAAGGAACAUUUCGAUAAGGAAUCUGAUAGCGAACUGACGAAAGAACAGUUCGAUAAGGAAGAACUGAAAGAAAAACACAUCGAUUAUAAGUUCGAUUCGAACGGACUGGAGUUUGAGGCAGUGAACGACUUCGAUAUAGAACUAGAGGAGGAGGCGGUACCCAUAGUUUACCUGUCUACCAGUAAAGCGGCGCGACUGCAGCGAGCGCUCAGAAAUGCCGGACUACAGAAGCUGGGGGAAGGGGUGGAGCUGACGCUGGGCGAGUUGCGCGCGAUGGCGCUUCGGCAGCAGCAGCAGAUCGACACGCAGCACCAGCUGUUAUGUGCGAAGGAGCAGCGGCUGCGGUACCUCAAGCAGCAGGAGGCGAGGCAGCAUCAGGUGGCUGUGGAGGGCGAGAGGCUGAGGAGGUUGCGGGAACGAGUGGAGGCGCAGGAGCAGAAACUUCGUAGGUUACGAGCAUUGCGGGGGCAGCUAGAUAGAAAUAAGCAGGCGAACAUCGCGCUAACGAGUGACCUUGAAUCCAUCCGGGCGUUAUUCAAUGAGAAGGAGAAGGAGUUGUCUGUGGCUGUGGCCAAGGUGGAGGAGCUGACGAGACAGCUCGAGGAGUUGAGGCGGGGGAGGGUCCAGCCAGCACCGCCGUCCGCGCACGAGCUGGACAAACUAAGGAGAGAGCUGAUGUAUCGGAAUAAGCUGAAUGAGCAGCAAAACGGCCGUCUAUCAGCUCAGCGAGCCGCGUUGGGCGCGCGACAGGAGGAGAUGCGCAGCAUAGAUCGCCGCGUCUCCGAGCUACAAGCGAGGCUGCUGCGGAAGCGAGCGCUCAACAGACAGCUGGCUGCGGCCCAUCGACAGCCUCAACAGAGGACCAACAACGCGGCACCAUUGCAGCAGCUGCCGUACUCCGGCAACCCUGGGAUUAACCAACCAAAGAACCAACAGGCGAGAGGGAACGUCGCCGCCAUAGAACCGUACAACCACGUGCCGCACGCCCAGAGCGUACACAACGCUAAUUUUCAGCAAAUGAAACAGAAUGUAAUACAAAAUAACGUGCCAUUGAAGCAGCUGACUCAAAACGAUAACAUGCAGAGCCAUAUGACCCAGCAAGAGGCGCACUUCCUUCAUCAGAAGCAGAUGAUGAAUCCGUUGUACAACGGUAACUAUCCCCCGCACAUUCAAGCUGGGGACAACCAAUACCCAGGCCAGUAUCCAAACAAACACGAUGUAAAUGUCUUCACUCAAGUACAACAGGGAAUCACAAAUGCGUACGACCAGAAAACUGUAUUCGAUCAUAUCAAGUAUCCGGAUUAUCCCAAACAACCCCAAUACAGCCCCAAUAGUACUAGCAGUUCGAACAGCAACCAAGCUUCGAAGGACCAGAAAAUCAAUGAGCAAGAAUUCCCUCCAGAAUUUGCGGCCAGCAAAACGGAUCCAAAAUACCAAACAUUGCCUUAUAACACGAAAUUCACACAAAAUAAUGCUAAAUUAAAAGCGCCCGACGUCAAUGGAAAAGGCAGUGAACAGGACCUUAAAAACCAGAAUGCAGCCAACAUAAAUCAUAUGACGGUACAUUCCACGCCGCUCUCGGUCGUCAACAAAAGUUUGGCGACGCCUCUAAGUCAAAUGGAAACAUAUCAACAGGAACACGCAUAUCAAUUGCAAAAAUCGGAUUCAACAAGUAGAUAUAGUCACGAAGGGAAGGAGAACAACGCAUAUCCCCAAAAUUCUAGAAUAAGUCAAAAUAGUCAAAGCAAUGAAGUCAAAAACACCGAGAAGAGUCAACAGGGUAACGCUUUCAGAGGAAGCACUCCGAGUUUGUCGAGCACGUCCACCGCCAGUAGUUCUACAUUCGGGAAACCCGUAUCGAGUGUUGCACCCACAUCAGUUCAGGUCGCUAGCGGGAAACCGUCACCCAUCUAUCAAACAUCCUCCACUAAAAUUCAACCGGUCCAACCGCAAACCGUUCAAACCCAAUCCGUACCAUCGAAUCAUGUAGCUAACAUGAGUUCCCAACCCCAGAUCGUCAGAAACACAGCAUCAGGAUUGUCGAGCACCCCUAGUUCAAACUUCAGCGGCCAGAAUGCGUCAUCUCAGAGCAUUAUGUUGUCGCCACCACAGAGCGCGAGCACGCCAUUGUCGACUCCAGACGUUAGUGGAACAGACAAGUCACCUAAGCCAGCCCUACCUCCGAAACCAACUAUCAAGACACCACCAAGACAAUCGGUAAACCACGACGUAGGCUUCAGUCAGUCAGCCGAAACAGUCAACAUGCCUACAAUAUCAAUACCAGAUUCAUCGAAUGACAGCGAAAAUCAAAAAGAAAGCAGCAACGGAAGCGCAAACAAUGAAAUGAUCAUAAAAGCUAGACCUCUAACCAUUAGAAAACCCCCUCUUAGCGAGCAGCCGAAACUAAGAAACGCAAAUACCGUCAAAAACGGAAUCAGCGUUAACAUGAACCGACGCAUCGAAAUGCCUCCAGCAUUCUUAUUCCCUGAAAUGGACCACUUAACUUUAGACGCAGCGAACGAAUUACAAAACGGCCUAAAGGAGAAUAAACAGAAAGAUGAAGUAGAUAGAGCAUUAAACAAUAACAUAUCUUUGAGUCCUAAUGAAAGACAGGAGGAGAGCAAAGAUAAUGUUGCUGAUAUAACAGAACAAGUGAAUUCCGUAGAUUUGAACGGUCAAGAUUCUCAGAGGUCUGAGAAUGUUUUGAGGCGGUCAAAGAAAGGUAACCUGAAGCAAGGAGGCAAGGCUCCUUUAGCCAGGCGAGUGAGCUUCGAUCCUCUAGCGCUUCUGCUAGAUGCCAGUUUGGAGGGAGAACUAGAACUCGUCAAGAAAACUGCAACCCAGGUACAAAACGCCAGCGCAGCCAAUGAUGAGGGUAUUACAGCACUACAUAACGCAAUAUGCGCUGGACAUUUUGAAAUAGUCAAAUUCCUAGUAGAACUAGGGUGUGAUGUGAACGCGCAGGACUCUGACGGCUGGACCCCGCUGCACUGCGCCGCGUCUUGUAACAAUCUGCCUAUGGUGCGAUUCCUAGUCGAUAAUGGCGCUUGUAUAUUCGCUACCACGCUAUCGGACCACGAGACUGCGGCGGAAAAAUGUGAAGAGGACGAGGAAGGCUUCGACGGCUGCUCAGAGUACCUUUACAGCGUCCAAGAGAAGCUCGGUAUAAUGAACGGCGGUAUAGUCUACGCGGUGUUUUCAUACACGGCGGCUCGCAGCGACGAGCUGUCGUUCGCGAGCGGCGCGCGGCUGCAGGUGCUGCGGAAGGGCGACGACAGUGAACGCGAGUGGUGGUGGUGCCGCGACGACAGACAGGAGGGCUACGUGCCUAGGAACUUGCUUGGGUUAUAUCCGAGAGUAACCCCCCAGCAGGAAUGAAGUCGGCCUCUAUUUUCCCUCUACUGUAAAUACAUAUAAUUAUUAUUUUUUAUGUAUUUAUAUCUGUAUAAUCUAAUAUUGUAUACAAGUUUUAUCAGAUUUUAAUGAUAUUUUGUAAAUAUUUAACGAAGAAAGUUCAAAACGAUUGAGAUUAUUGUACAUUUUAUAAAUACGAGUCAUCUGUAAUUGGUAAUGUUUAUAUUCUGUAGGUCUCUGAAUAUAUUGUGAAAUAUUAUCGACAAUACAAAGUAAUAAUGAACAAGUU